AUGGAAGGUUAUCGCAAUCCGGAACUCCAAAGGGUGCUUGCCGCUCUGAAUAGCUAUGCUCCUCCGCCACCACCAGCAGCGACCAUCUCGGAAAUGGGCACGUUCAAUGCUGCGUCUCAACAGUACACUCCGACCGCUGGGACACCACAUGCGCCUGUCCUACCCGGGUUAUACUUGCUUGCCCAGCCCGAAACUCAGCAAAGACCUAUCACCCCUCCUCCUGUUCAUCGACAACAAACCAAGCCUUCAACAUUGCCAAGCCAGACGAUUCGACAGGAAGAAGUGCGCAGCAUGUCUUCAACCCCUACGGUGCCGGACGCAUCGACAAUCACCACAUGGCCAGCAGCCCUCAAACAUGUCACUCGUCAUCUCGUUCCCAACGAACAAGCCGCCCGUCGCAUCAAACACCUCAUUACUGAACAGCACAAGCACGAGCGUCAAUGGUGGGCCGGUAGGGAAGCCAUUGUGGCCAGGCAGCAAGGAAGGUCUGGUACUUCUCAGCAGGUAGCGGAGUUAUUGAAGUCGUUGGGUGGCAAGGAGGUGCCGGCGGCUCCAUCUGACCCUGCGGCAAAUCAAGCAGAGUUGGUUGCAUAUGACAAGAAGGUGUAUGCUCAGCUGAAGGCAAUGGCAGCGGACUUUGACAGACAGCUACGAGCAAUAGGUGUUCCAUUCUUCGCUAUCAAGCAUGAUCUGGUGAUCCUGGAAACAGGUCCUGAGAAGGACGGCUCAUCAAAGGGAAGGAUUGACAAAGGUGAAUUGCGGGAACUACAGAAGAGGAUGCUGCAGACGCUGGAAGAUCUGUUCAGUGAUUGA